AUGACCAUUCCGGAGCUUAAAUUUUACGUUCCUGAUUGUUUAACUCAAUAUUUGAAUUCAUUAGCUGAUUUAUCUCUUGAAGACAGACUAAAAGUCAUUCCAAACCUUGCAAUAUCAUUCACACUCAUGAAUCCAGACAUUUAUAAGGAUUUGUUGACAAAUAUUGUUUCAGAUUUUUCCCAGAUUGAGAAUUACCUUCCUGAUAGUCAUUUUGCAGACCACAUUAACAGUAGUCAGUUUUAUGAAGACCAAUUGGCCGCAAUUUGGGACAUUUUACGACCAUUAUUAGAUGAUUCGAAAUUGGCUUCAUCUGCAGCCUUCUUUUCAGCUGUGUUUUGUGAUGCACUAUCUUCUUUAUCUGAAAAUGUUCCUUCAUUCAUAAGUUCUAGGUUAUCAACGUUAUUAAUGUUCGAAAACACGAACAAACCCAUGAUAAUCUUAGCAUUUGGCCUCAUAUCAGAUCAUAUUGAUCCUCUUAUGCUUGAAAAAGAGUAUAUUUCCAACAUUUUUGCUGCAUCUCAAACGAGUGUUGAAGCUUUUAAGGCCACAAAGAAAACGUUAAAGGUUCUGAUGAACCAUGAUAAAAUUGAUGGCUCAAAGAUCGUUGAAGAAAUCGAUAAUUUGGGAGAAUUUAAUUUAGAUUUCACAAAAGACAUAUUUUCAAUACUAGAAUACUUAAUAUUUGUAUCGGAUAAGGUUGCUGUAACAAAAACAAGUCGUUUGGUUUUAUCUUAUAUUCAGAAUGAAAAUUCACCUCCAAUUGUGAAAAUGCAUGCAAUAGGUUUACUUCCUAUCUUCCUGAAAUCGGAAUGCCCUGAUAUUUUUGUUAAUCUCGUUAUGAUUGGCGUAAAUAAGACAUUUGAAAUCAUUCAGCAGGAAAUUACACCAGAAAUUGCUCCACUUCUGCGAUUCAUUGCAUGUGGAUUUGUUAAUAAUAAGAUUACUGAUGUAGAAACCUUCAUUUUACCAUUAAAUCAGACAUUUUUAGAUAUUUGUGUCUGUGAAGACGAGAAAUCAUCAAUUAUUGCAAUGGAAUCACUCAGUAUGAUAUGUGAAAAGGACAAAAGCCUUGAUUUUCCAAUUGAAAUUAUUAUGGAAAAUUUAAUUUCAUUUUCUGUUCGUAGGAUUGUUGCAAGUAUCAAUGCAUUCAGCCAUUUAAUAGGAUAUUACAAUGAGGGCCAAGAUAAAAUGAUUUUUUAUCAAAUUAUUGAGGUCGCUGUCAAAAACAAAGAGAAAGAGAUCAUCAAAGCAGCGUUUAACUACUUCAUAGAGGUCAUAAUUGCAUAUCCGAAUGAUUUUAUCCCAGAUAUUGAAAAGAUUAUCAUUUUAACUUUCAUUGGAAGACUUCCUUAUUACAAUAGCCUUCCAUUUUACGAAUAUGAGUCAGAUGAUGUUGAUAUAUACGAUCUUAUUAGGGAAAUGAUCCAAAAUAAGGAUGAAAAAAUAAUUUGUUUCAUUUUAAAGAUUUUCCCUAUAACAACAGAUAUCGAAAAGAUCGGAUCAUUGAUUGUUGAGUCCAUUAAAAACGAUUUGAUCCAAAGAGAAAGGUUUAAUGAACUAAUUUCAAUGACAUUAGACUUAUUAAAGGUAAAUAGUGAUGAUAUAGACAUUGUCACAUGCUUAAUUGACAUUCUUGAUAGUUUAUGGACUGCUUCUGAUGAAUCCCUUGAAACAACUCCGAUAUUAAAUACAUUAUUUGAUGUAUUUAACGAAAUUAUUGAAGAAGAGAAUGAAUUUACUCCAAUCCCACCAUUUGUAUUGAAGUUAUUACCGAAAUCUCCUCCAAAUUCCCUUGAUUUCGACACAGUCCACUCAAUGCUUGAAUUUAUUUCCCAAAAAGAGAUAGAAUGGGACUAUCCAGACUUAGUUAGAGAUUUGAUACUGAUAUACAACUCUAACAUGCAUUCAAACAAGUUCUUUUAUCUAGAUAUUGCUCUUGCUUUGACUUCAUUCGUAACAAUGUCUAAUGAUGACUUGGAAGAAUUGGGAUUCAAACAGAAACUGAUAAAAGAAGCAAAGGAAUGUUUGAAAUCUCUGAUUCUAGAUAACGAAUACGUCUCAUCAAAUGUCUUCGAUUUCUUUAGCGGUAAACCAGAAGAAAAAGCUAUCUUGAAUGAUAUAAUAAAUGAAUAA